CAAAAUCUAUCGUCCCUGAUACUGAAAGGAAAUAGUCUUGUCGGGAGUUCCUUCCCUAUGUGCAGAAGGUGGCUUGACUUUAACUCCUAGGUUAAUAAGGUUGGAUAUGCGGAACAAUAACAUCAGAAGAUUGGACCUGUCCCCUCUCGCAUGUCUGCCGAACCUACAGAACUUGUUGCUUUCAAAGAAUAGAAUUGAACAUUUGCCACACAACGCCUUUGUCAACCUUCCCAAAUUACAAAGUUUACACAUGUCCGACCUCUGGGCUUUGAAAUCAGUUCGAGAAUUUGCAUUCAAUUCCACAAGCUUGUAUAAACUGGUCUAUUCCAACAACCCAUCAUUUACAGGUGAUCGCACUAUUCAGGGAACCUUUUUUAAAUUCACUCCCAAUCUCGGUAUUCUCCACCUCGACAGGACGAAUCUACAUAUCUUUGGGGAUAAGUUGAGAUUAUUUCUUCAAAACCUGAAAAAUAUUGAGUAUCUCUACAUGCAAUCUACUGGACUCACCGAAUUACCCUGCAAUGUGUUUAGUCAACUGAAAAAAUUACGCAAGUUAGACUUAAUGGGUAAUAACUUACCGAACCUAACCAGUGGUGCGUUUUCAAAUGUUACAAGUAUACAAAACCUUAACCUGGCUUCGUGUAAUAUAAAAAUCAUAAAGGAGGACACGUUUCCUCUAAACUUCCGUCUCAGUGUAAAAGAGAUCAGUCUGAGAAACAACCACUUCACUUGCACUUGUGACCUGCUGUGGUUUAGGACCUGGAUGAAGGAGAUCAUUGCCAAUAAAAGCAUAAAGUUUACAAAUUAUCCGUGGGGAUACGAUUGUACGUUGCCGCAAGGAAAACGUAUCAGGCUUGAGAAUUAUAAUCCUACUGAACAAUCGUGCGCCCUGACAAAGUUGUACACUGUUAUUAUGACCUCUGUGCUGUCUGUGUGUUUGACGUUAACAGUUGCAGUGCUGGUGGGUUAUCGCUACCGCUGGUAUCUUCUUUACUGGAUUUCACUCCUUCGACGAAAACAGCAACGUCAACAGCAACGUCCUUCAGAAAACAUGAAAUAUGACGCUUUCGUUUCAUACAGCAAUUCCGAUGGAGACUGGGUCUACGACGAGCUUCUGAACUUCCUGGAAGGUGAGGUUGGGCUACGACUGUGUGAUCACAGCAGAGACUUCGAAGCCGGUAGAUUUAUUAUAGACAAUGUGUUUGAUGCCAUGGAGACCAGCAGGAAAACCAUCCUGGUAAUCUCUAACGAAUAUAUGAAGAGCGCCUGGUGUCAGUUGGAGCUUCAGUUAACCCUCAGCUCCCAUCUGAAGCAGAAUGUCGAAAUUGUUGUGGUCCUUCUCGAGCAUAUCCAGACAUGUCAAGUGACAUCGCCACUACGUGCUCUGAUGAUGUCAACAACAUACAUCGAAUGGGCAGAUGAUGAGGAGGCCAAGGCUCUGUUUAGACAGAGAAUCAAACAGUCCAUUGCCCAAUAAAUAUGUAUACAAAUACCUAUAUACCAGUAUUUCCAUUGAGUAAAUGACAUAGUCUUUAAAUUAAUUCCAGGACGAAACCGAUCUAAUCAAAGACAAAACAAACUUGCUACUGAUACGACGGAACAGACUUUCUUGAUGUUGUCAAUAGGAUACAAAGAUACGCCACCACAACCACCCAAGACGCUCUACCGUCCACCACGUCACUUACCAUGAAAAGUCAAAUUCUUUAAUACCGCAUAAAUUCACUCCUAUUCUCAAGACAAUUUCAUAUUCGACGAAUCACACCCCUAAUCAAAGUUCAAAUGUCAGUUUAGUUCAUUCCAUCCCAUUCUUCCGCCAAGGCAUCGACAAGUCCAUUGAGAGUGGUCGGUGGUUGUUGACGAAGAGGUACGCACAGUCCAAGAAUAUCCACGAUACAUUCGAUUGGUGACAAGUCUGGACUGAAUGCUGGUGAUAGAUGUGCAGGAUGUUGCCAUGGAGGUACUGCCUAUUGAUCAAGGUGUCACAGUCACAGUGAUCCCACCCCACACCAUUACUGAGCCACCCCUAAAAUGAUCAAUCUGUCAAAGGCAUGAAAACGUUCAUUCCGUCUCUGCGACUCUCUGUUGUGCUUGUCAACGAAGUCCAAAGUUAACCUUGACCAACGUUUUCGUUCAGCGGCCCUUGACACCAACGACUCAUUGCUGUUAUGUGACAGUCCUUUAUUCAUGGGAAAAUAUGUGAAAUAUUUUUAGCUGAAUAGCUCUGACACCUCUAGCUCUGUGAAGCUUAAAAUGCAAUUUGAGUAAAUUGUCGGUAUUGUGAUUGUAAUCUGCUUGUUACGGACUCUGAAAUGCUAAUAGCCUGUGCCACAAUGAUCUGUCUUGUUCUAACUUCCAACAUGCCAGUUGCACGUAGCCCUUCCUGACGUGGCUUACGCCUCAUGUCAAAAUGUGUCUAAUUUUGUUUAAAAUAAUAUCUGAAGAUCUUUCAGUCAGGUUUUUAACACUGAAAUGUACAGCAACACAGACCAAAUUCACUGUAUAUUUCCUGACGUUGCCUUUACCACAGUUGCAUCCUUCCUUGUUUAUUAUUGCCUUUGUUGUUGUGUAAUAUUUUGUAUGAUCCUGUUUCUCAAAAAGUCAUGCACUUACACUAGUCCACCUCUUAACUGAGUGGACCAAGUGCAUUAUUUUUAUGUUUUCAUUUUUGCAUCGUUUCUGUAAUAAAUGCCACAUUUUAUUUA